AUGUUGGAUCUCGAUGUCAGUUAUAAUGCCGACAUAAAGGUGGAUGCUGGUUUUACGGAAAAAACCCCCAUAGCCGGCAUCAAAUCUAUAAAGCUGGAGGGAAUCUUGCGGGUAAUUUUGGCACCGCUGAUGGAGGACUCACCCAUAUUUGGAGCACUGACCGUUUAUUUCCCUCACCGUCCGGUAUUGGAACUACAAUGGACCGGAUUUGCCCACCUACUGAAUAUUCCUGGACUUCAAACGCUGUCGGAAAAAGAGCUUGUGAACCAAAUCGGACAGAUCAUCGUUGCGCCGCAGCAUUUCAGCCAUCCCCUUGCAGCCAGAUUUGAUUUGGCUAAGCUGCAGUUUUUAGAACCCUGGAAUGCGCUUCGUAUCCGAGUCAUAGAAGCCAAAAACCUUGUUGCCAAGGAAAUUUUAACCAAAUCGUCGAACCCUUAUGUUGUGAUAUGCGGAGGAGGAACAACAGCAAAGACAAGGGUGAUACACAAGAACUUGAAUCCAAAGUGGAAUGAGACCUUUGAGAUAUUAUAUUCUGACCUCCCAGACCAGGAGAUAGAAUUUAAUCUUAUCUCUGACAAAGGUGUUAAGAUAAACCAGCAAUUGGGCAGUUGCAGAAUUAGAAUUAAAGAGGUGCCAGAGAGAGGAUUCAUAGACAAGUGGAUAGAUUUGGAGAACGUAAAGUCUGGCCAGCUUCAUAUCAAGGUGACACGUCUCAGGCUACUUUCAGACCCAACCCAACUGGAAGAGGUGCUGAAAGUAAACGAACAAUCUCGGCCAAAAAGAGAUAAUGAGAUUGCUUCAGCCGUUCUGUACACCUAUAUUGAAAAAGGAAGGGGUCUGCCUGUUCUACAAAUGAAGAAGGACAAUCUGAAAGCGUUAGCUGUCGUGCAGGUUGGCGUUGAAGACAAUGUAAAGAAGUUUGGAAGCAGAAUAAAUAACGGAGAAGCAGAGUGGAAAAAGAGGUUCCAGUUCUUGAUAAGGAACCCACUUAAUGAGGAACUGAAGCUUAAGGUUCACAAUGAACACAAUAAGCCCAUCGGAAGUAUUACCGUGCGCCUAUCUCGCCUUCUGGCUGCUUCGGAAAUGACCUUGCAGGACUGGCUGCCCCUGGAAUCAACUGAACAGAAUAGUGAAAUCCGGGUGAAAUUACAAUUGAGGAUUUUGACCCCUGAUGUUGGAGCUCCAUCGCCUCAAGGAAAGACCAAGGCUCAAUUUUUCAAACCACGGACCAAAGUCAAGAAGCGCUGAUCAUUCUUAGCCAGAAGUCAUUCUUUCUGAGAAUUUCACCACCAACAUUAGCUCCUCUUGGGGAAUGUUAUACUGGUCACGCAAUUAUUGCACUGAGAGUAAGGGUGUCCGUUUAGUAAGGGUAUAUAUUGUAGUCAGGUUGUUUUGUUCCCACCCCUGGAAGGUCCCACCAGAAAUCCCCGGAGGAAAGUCUGGGUUAGAGGAGGAACUUAGAAGACUAGGUUUCAUCUCCUACAUGAAUAAUUAAUUCAACUACCCUGAUGUAGCCUCUCUUCACCCUUUGGCAUCAGUUUAAGCUGUGAGCCAUGCAAGUACUUUUGGGGCAGAGGAGAAGGAAGAGGACAUCAAAGAUGUCCAUAAAGCAAGCCAACAUUGAACUUUUGUAUUACAAAUAGAAGAUAUUUUGUUCUUGUAACAUUUAAAUGCCCAUGAAUGUCAACUGGAAUGUCAACAGGCUCCCACCAGUCUGUAGAGGACGAACGAGGAAGAGGAGGACUUAACAUAAACAUCAAUGCUGCUACCUAAGGCCACAACUUACCCUCUAUGUGUCAGUACCUUCUAGGUUGCACCCUCAUGGUCCCUGACCUUUGGCCUGACUUCUCAUGAUGGAACAUCUACUGUCUGUCUUGCUUAUCCGUUAUUAAGAUCAAAGCUAACACCAAAUAAGUUUGACUUGGUCUGGACGGGAUGGGUGGAAGAUUUGCGGCUUGGGGCUGCUCAUACCUGAGAAACUGUAUCUGUAAGAUUUGUCUCCAUAUCAUUGUUAUGCUGUAUGUGAUGUACUGCGAAAUUGUGUACCUGGUCAUGUGUACGGAUAUGCAUAUGUACAGCGCUGAUUGCCAAGUAUUGUGACUUGUUUCUCCACCAACCAUUCUUUCUUUUUUCUUUUUGUUUGUAUUUUGUUUUGAAAACAAUAA